AUGCGUGCUUCUUUUGGGGAAUCUUUCAACGUUAGCGAAGAAAUGAGAGACUUGGUGCAUCAGGCUGAAAACUGGGCGAUUUCGGAUCCAGGAUUCUCCCGGAUUCCAGAAGCUUCCGCUAUCACUCGUGGCCUAGGAAAACAGGUUCUAACCAGAGCAGCUGUGUUGCUUAUGAAGCAAAUGGGUGUGGGGUCGAUUGAGAAUUUUGUGAAAGGCGAGAAAAUGAAAGAAACAAUCAUGGCGAACAUAAAAACAGAAGAAGACGAUGAUGAUGACGAUGAUCCGAUGGAAGAGUUUCGGAACAGAAUGCAGAAUGGCAAAGGAUCUCCGUGUACACCAAGAACGAAGGCUGCCCUGAUGGCUGAAUUUUUUCCAGUUGGUGCUGGAGUCCCCAAAAUUGAUUUUGAGGAGGAACCAAAAAAGAUGUUCCUGAUCCCGAAGAAUCUUCCACGGAAAUCGGAUAUCAAGCCUAUGUUCACCUCCACACCAAUCUCCAAAACACCACGUAGAUCUUCUGGAGUCGUCGUUGAGAAGCCGAUGGACGGAGACAUGACCCCAUUCGAGAAUCGAGCCAGCCGACUUAGACGGCAAAAAUUGGAGGAGUCGCGGAAAUCGUUUGAUACAUCGUUUAACUCUUCUUAUUCCAGAUGGAAAUAG